AUAAUAUGUUAACAUGUUUUAGACUGUAUCUAAAAUAUAUUUUCAUUGGUAGAGGUAAUGAAAUUGCAUACGUAUCGUGCACGAUGUUCAAGCACCUCAACAGCGUCUACUUGUGGUAUUGAAAAAUGAUAGCAACGCAGUCUCAAAAUGGAUGCUAUGACAUACGCUAAGUUUCUGUUUCUUUUUCGAAAGUAAUACUUCAGCUCGAGUUACGAUUACCUUAUUUAGUGAUUAUAUAGAUGAUAUACGCGGCAAAUGGCUCAGAAAAACGGGCAAAAUAUCGAAGUAUCUUCUAAUCGCAAGUUUUCCCUUGUAAGCUUCUCCGACUUCCUGGUUGCAACAUAUUUAACAUUAGCCUAGAACCCACUGUACCAACGGACGGAUAAUGUUGAGACUUGACUUUGUCACGAAGAUUUAGCCAAAUCGCUCAUAUGGAUUGGCAACAUUUUCCUUGGUAUAUACGAAUUAAACGAGUCAGAAUGUCAGUAAAAGACAGAGGUGGGCUAAUAGUGUCAAGAGGAGGAAAACGGAUAAAUUGAUUUAAUAAGUUUUCAACCAUGGAAAUCGACAAUGCCAAUGAUGAGACGAGAGAAGGUGAUUUGGUAGCUGUACUUCCAGGUUCUGAAAACUUCGAGAACACCAUUCUGCCUCCACUGCAGAACUCGUACAUGUAUGAGGAAUCUAAACAGUCUUUCAGAUACAACUCUGCUUUCUUGAUCAGGAAUGACACCCUGCAAAGACGGUACGAGGCCUUCCGGACUUGUAAGAGGGCCAUGGGAUACUCAGAGGAAGAACUGGAGGAGUCCUUUGGCUUCCUGCUGUUCGAUGAUGAAAAUAAGGCGAAUAAACUGGGAGAAACUGGUGUUAUCCCUGGACAUACUACAUGCACGACGCUCGGAGAUCCUUCAAAGGGUGUGUACAUUUCCAAGUAUUCAGAUUGCCUGGACGUCCACCGUUGGUACCAUGGGAAAUCUGGAUACAUUGCCAUCAUCCGGCUUACAAAGGGUAGGGUCAAAGAGGUGACGGCAAACUACACUGUUAACUACACCUCUCCUACAGAUGGCUUUGACUGCCAUGUCUCGGAGCAGAUAAGUGAUGUGUCAGCCAAUACCAGCUCUUUCCUGGCCUUUGAGAGAACACAGUAUUACAUGUAUGAGCAGACUAAUGGAGGAAAAGACUCUACGACCCACCUGCCCAGUCAUGCCUGCCCAUUUGCUAUAGUGGCUUUCUCCUAUUGGAAUGCCAAGACGCCCAAAUCAGAUGAGCAGGCGAAAAGCGAGGUAGAAAAAUCAGUGUUUUGCUACUAUCCUUGGAGGGGCCAGCUCCAAAUCAGCUCCCAGGUUUACCUUGUUGGUUUGAAGUCCAGCACCGGCCCCUUGAUGCCAGCUCAACUUCCAACGGUGGUAAGAGUUGAUGGAGCCAUUAAAAUGUCAGAACUGAGGCAGAAAUUACCCAAGGCAAUAUUUGAAACCUGCUUCUCUGGUGAAGCAUCUCUGGAAGGAAUGAGUUGCAGUCUGUAUGAAUUGGCACCCAGUGAGGUUGAGGACACGUCUCUCUCUCAGCUCACACAGGAGCUCAAGAUAAAAGACCUGGCUCUCACAGUACAGCUGAAGGACAGUGGUUUCUUAAUACUCUUACAUUCAUUUCACUUCCUCACACUCGAAGAUGCUGGAUCCAAUAAGCCAGAGGUACUGCAGGCAAUGUUUUUGUUUCCAGACUCCAGAACUAUACAAAGAGACACCAAGAUCUGCUGGAAGAACCCCUGUCUCUCACCAGAGGGCCUCCAGGUAGUGCCGGCACUGAACUACGCAGAGGCUGAGGUGGAAAAGUGCCAUCCUGAGCAGUGUGGGGAACUACAUGGAUUAUUAGAGCAGCAUAUCCAGAGCUACGCUGCCCUCAUUCAUCCUGGGCUUACCAGCAGUCCAUCUAGGGAGGCCAGCGUCAUCCCAGAUCAGUUUGAUUUUCCUGACGCUCUUAAAUACCUCUACUCCCCCCCCAAGUGGACUGAGAUGGGAUGGCUUCGCCUCAAGUCUUAUUUUCACCAGCCAGCUUCCUUUGAGCUCUCUGUGUCGAGGGCGAUGGAGAUUCUGGCGGCAGGGAGAGAGAAGCGAGGGGACGAGUCAGAUGACGACGUCUACUACUGUCUGUCAUCACCAGAGGGGUCCCCGAUAAGUCCUGCUAACGUCUGUGGCUUAGAGGAGGAGCGGUCACAGGGAGAGCCCCUAAGGGACAAGGCCGCACACUUGGGUAAUGCAGCUGCAGUGUCACUGGAGGACAUUAAGAUAUCUGAGCAGACCAGGCUGGAGACUAACACACCAGAGAAAGAAGCAGAAGGAGAGGAAGCCUUGCCAUCACCAAAUGUGCAAGAGAGAGUGCCAAAUGUGCAACCCAAUAAUGUGAAGGAGAAUGUCCUCUCUGCUCUUACUUUGCCUGCAAUCCCUGUGGAGGAGUUUGGGAAACCUGGCUUGAACGAGGAUGAUUGGAAGGCAACUGGGUCAACUUUGUUUCCAAAAGAGGUGCAGGAGGAGCCGCGGAAGAAACUGCCCUGUGAUCUUUCUCAGCUAGCUGUGUUGAAAGGUGACCCUGGGAAGACCAAGGUAGACUGUAAUGUGCCAGUAGAGGAGCACAAGGGGGAGCUAGAGAAGAUGCCCUCAGAUAUUUCACAGCCUGCUAUUUCGGCAAAGGAAAUGAGAAAAGCGGUCCAAGUAGCUUUGGCCAAGGCAGACUGGUUAACACCAGAGGUAGAAUUAGACAAUGAAGGGAUGAUCCUGCUCCCAAAGGAGGUGCAAAAGGAUACGGCCCCUGGCCUUCCACAGCCUGUAGUCUCUGCCGAGGAACUGGGGAAGCCUGGCCUGUCAGCAUCAGGCAAGGCAGACUGUAAAGCAGUAGAAGUUGAGUUAAAGAAUGAAGGGACUAACUUGCAUUCGAAGGAGUUGCAAAAGGAUAUUCCCUCUAGUUUGUCACAGCUUGCAGUCCUAGCCAAGGAAUUGGUGAAACCUGGUCUGGCGCUGGCAACCAAGCCCAAUAGCAAAGCUGUAGACGCAAUAGUGGAGGAUAAUGGUAGAGAUUUUCUUCAGAAGGAGGUGCAAGAGGAGGUUUGCUGUGAUCUAUCACAGCUUGCGGUGUCAGCAAAAGCUUCUGGAGUAGCCAGUAUGGCAGUGAUGGCUAAGGCCACCGAGGUGACAGGAGUUUCAACCUCAUCAGUAUCAGCUGACCUUCCAACAGUGAUCGUCAUCACUGCUACUGAAAAAACUGAAGCUGUUUUACCUCACAGUGAGAAACGCAACAUUGAACUCACAAAGAACUCUAGUUUGCCUUCUGAUAAUGCAGAGGAGAAGGGCAAAUGUGCGGUCAAUGGUGAAAGUGAAAAGGCAAUUCAGCCUUCAGUACCCUCAGAGGUCAGCAAUUUCUCAAAGUCUGAUUGGAGGAAACGGCCAAGGAAACGUAGAAGAUUUAGUGGGUUGGGUAAAAGAGUUUUAAGGUCUACAGCGGCAGAUUUUGAAAAGGAAGAAACACAGAAGAAUGAAAAUUUAAUAGACCUAAGUAAAGACUAUCCAUUGAAAAAAAGGAAGGAAGGUUUGGAUAAAACCCAAGUUAAAUCGUUGAAAAUGCAGAGGGAACUGAUAAAUUUGAUCCAAGAUUCUCCAUUGAAACAGAAGGAAAAGACAGAUGUAACCAUGGUUCGGUCAUUAAGAACACAAAGGGAACAGAGGAAUUUCAUACAAGAAUCUACAUUGAAAACAAAGGAUGUAACCAAGGUUCAGUCACUGAAAACACAGAGGGAACUGGUGAAUUUGAUCCAAGAUUCUCCAUCCGCAAAGAAGGAAAGGAUGGAUGUAACCAAAGUUCAGUCAUUGAAAACACAGAGGGAGCUGAUGAAUUUGAUUGUGCACCCACCUUUGAAAAAGGAGGAAUGCAAGGAUUCAAUUCAUUUUCACCCACUGAAAAGUAAGGAAAGUAUGGAUCUCAUUCACAAUGACCACCCUUUGAAAAAGAAGACGGAGCGGUGGGACUUGAAGGCAAUUAUCUCUGAAUGUGGUAGAAUCUUUGUUCCUCACGGAUCAGAAGUUGUUGCCAAGGAUAUAGAAUCUUUGAAAGUUAAGGGGAAAGGGAUGGUUGACCAACAAUGUGCAGAUGAGAUGAUGGUUGAAGCUUGUUUCAAAGUACCUCAAGCAAAAGAAAGAGGAGAUAGCCUAGAGUUGAAAAUGUCAAGUAAAGACACAUGCACACCAUUAGAGAUGUCAGACAGUAAAGACCAUCCACCAGAGGUUACAAUGGAUCAUGUAGAUACUGUAGCCUCUCAAAACUCAGAACCAGUCCCGAACAAAGAUAAGGAAUGUCCUUCAGAAAAGCACAAGAAACGCCAAUACGUUGCAAUAUCCCUCAGUAAACUGAAGACGGUUCUUUCAAGAGGGGGAAAGAGGAAAACACCCUUUAAUCCUGAAUCAGAAGAAUUGUCAUCGUUGCACAAGAAAAGCAAAGAUGAACAUCUUGUCACUGAUAAAAUGGAAAGUGUUAAUUUGAGUAAUAUUGAGAAAGACAGGACCACAGCUGCUGAUAAUCCAAAGGAACAGACACUUCGCAUGGACCCUAAUCUUGCAUUAGCAUUAGGCCUUACCCCUAAGGAGUUACAUAAGGAUGUACAAGAAGCUCCACAGACAUGUGAUGUCCCACUGAGGGAAGGCCUUCAGAACAGUCCGGAUCUGGUCACACCUCAAGACAGAGCUUGCAAAAGGUCGAAGGUUUUAGCUAGCUCGCCUUCGUCAACAACUCCUUUGAUGGGUCGGGGGAGACGUUCAAAAAAGAAACACAAGCCUGCUGAAUUCAUAAGAAAAAAAUGGUGGUUGCAUUAUCACACACCAGCUUCUUUUGAAAGUGAGAAAGUAGCACAACCUAUAUCCUCCCAACUACUGACACUUGAUCCUGAUGUCAGGCGUGUUGUCAGUAGGGGUAGGCACCGCAAAUGUGCCAGUGCUGUGUCAUGCCCGCCCGUUGAUGCUUUGAGCCUAUUGGCCGAUUUGGCCCUCAGUACCAGUAGUGACAAAGUACUGGAUCAGCAGCCAGAAACCGGGGCUCUUGAGAAACUAGAUGUCUGUCCAAGUUUGGUAAUAAGUGACAGCAGUGUCAAAGAUGGUGGCUUGCCUCUUCAGCCAGAUGGUGAGCCAGAGUCUGUCCUUCAUGCGCUGCUGAAACACCCUUCUGCUGCUAGGCUUAAAGUUCCCCCUCAGUCUCUGUCCCCCAAGGGUCUGGUGCUGGGGAGUUGGGAGCGGGUUGUGUUAGUCUCACAAGAGCAUUCUUACUCACUGCCGCCAUCCUCUCUACUAUUGGGUUUGUCAGGUUCAUUCCGUCAAGCCCCCAUUUCAGAGGGAAUUCAGCAUAAUCGCAAGGCUAUCAAUGAUGAUGGAACUCAAGUCCUUCAGACCUUGAUAUGUCAGGAGCGGGACCAGAACAGGAAGGAACUUGGGGAGGAACCCAAAAUGGGUCCAGAAUCCCUGAGCAAAGGAAUCGCACGCAGGCAGAAGUUCCGUCGCUUACGGCAGUUCCUCGUAAAAGAUGACUCAGUUCAAGUGACAAGGCUGUGGAAAGAAAAUUAUGACUUCAGUGCUGACAGCAAGUUUACCAAUGACCCUAUGGAUAAAACCGUUAUUAGAGCUUUACAUGGCCCAUGGGAUUUUGAAAUUGAUGACACAAAUGAACAGGUGCAGCUCAUCAUCCACAUGUGGAUAGGUCUUUUCUACAGUAGGUCCACGGCUAGGUUCUUCCAGGCAGACCCAAGUCUUUCAUGUUUGGAAGAAAAAGAUUGUACAGAAGUGUUUCAUGGAAUGAUGCCAUCCCAGGUUCCAUCUGAGACCAAGGCAAGUUCCCCUGCUUAUAUAGCCCUCUCAAAUAUACCAGAACCUCACGUUUUGGACCUUAGUAAUGUGGCUAAUAAAGAAGCACAACCAUUAAGCUUGGAACCAAAGGUUUUGGACCUUUCAAUGAAGACAACCUCGGCGGUGGUGGAUCUCACUGUAAACACAGAGGCUAAGCAGAAAAUAUUAUUUACAAAUCCUCCAGUAUACCAACCAGAAAAUGGAAUUCACCAAGAAAACUUGUAUCCAAAACAAAGUACAGGUUUUGAGUUAAAGGUUUACAGAGACCGUUUGGACAGCACAAUGUCCGACAGAGGAAGUGAACAGGAUUAUGAUGAUGAUGAUGAUGAAAUAAACCAUGAUUACGACAGCAAGGGUUCACUCCAGAGUACUGUGUCCCCUUUGGAAAGUGAUGGAUCAUACUUAAUAUUGUGUGAACAAGCAGCAGGUGUAUACAUUAAUCAAGAUAAUGUCCUGGAAAGUCAUGGAAAUGCACAGGUUUCAGGGGACAAAUAUAAAAAAGACCUCCAGAGAGAGGGUAAGAGAUGUGUUGGAGAACAAAUCACAACCUGUCUUAAAACCAUGGAAUCUAAAGAUGUUAAUAAAACACAACAGGGUAAAGAUAAUGAUUCGGUCAACACAAUGCCAGAGUUGAAGCAAGGUGGUAAUGUGACCAACAUGGCUGAAACAGUUAAGUGUGAUGCAAAUAACCCAAGAGAUUGGGCUCAAUUUGCCAUUUGUGAUGUCAGUGAUUUGAGGAUGGAGGUUCCGAAAACAGAUCCCAACAUAAAGAAUUCUGUUGAAACUGCAAAACCAGAAUUGAUGAAACCUGGGAAAAACAUGGAAAUGACUAAGGCAGAACCUGAUGUGUAUGUUAGUUGUGAAACCAUUGAUAAGGAUAUCAAAGCAGUGUACAAUGCAAAUGUUCCCAAAGAUGUGGUAAAUGUUCCAAAAGAUGAUGGAAACUCUGAUGACACGUUACAAACUGAAAUACAAGAUGGGAAGGAUGCUAAAGAUGAUGUCCUGCCAGUUGAGAAUGAUGGAAAAGAUUCAGUAGAUGAAGUGAGUGAUGGGAAUACUUUGUCUGAAGCACUACCAGGAGAAGAGAAAUUAGGUAAUGAAAAAGAUUCCGAAAAUGCAACAUCAUCGACAGAGCAUUGCAGAAAUGAUUCUAGAGGUACAACACCAGCUGAAAAAUCUUUUGGCAAGUUGUACAGAAGUGAUGGAAACUCCUACAAUGAGGUACAAACGCAAGAUGAAAUGCAAGAUGGGAUGAAUACUGGAGAUAAUGUCCUACUGGUAUUGAAUUCUGAAAAAGAUUCAGGAGAUAAAGUGCUACCUGUGAUGUGUGAUGGAAAUAUUUCAUUGGAUGAGACACCACCAGAAUCAGGAAUAUCGCAAAGUGAAAAAGAUUCCCGAAAUGCAACACUGUCAGCGGUGCAUAGUGAAAAUUAUUCACAACCUACAACACUGCCUGUGAAUGUCAAGUUGUGCGUAGACCAAGAACCCACAGUUGUGCAUGAUAGAAAGUGUUCCACAGAUGAGGCCAUACCAAUGGAGCAAAGUGGGGAUGUUUUGGUUACCGGUGUACUACCAAAAAUACAGGCUGAGGUUACAUCUAAAGACAAGGUACUGCCAACUGAAAUAUAUCCAGUGAGCUAUGGAAAAAUGCCUUAUGUAGGUGAGUUUGAUACACACAUUUAUUCCGAGAAUGUUUUAAGAGAGGCUGAAACUGCAGUGGUUGAGACUGAUUUUAAUGCAGGAUUUGGUAGGGAUUCUACAGAUCAGGAACAGAAAUCAAUGCAGUGUCACAGUAAAUCAGAUAACAAAACACAUGUUCUCCAACAUUGUCAAGAGGGGUCAUCCGAAGUAGUUACUGGCCAGAUGGUGUUUAGAAUUCCCUCUGAGGAUCUAACACACACUAAGGUUGCACAGUCAGAAGGUCAGGGGGCAUUACAGGUGCAAGGCCAAGUAGACAUGCCUAUUUCUGCUGGAGUAGGAAAGGUUAGCAAGGGUAUCGCCCAAAGUGAGUUGUGCCAGGAAGAGACACCUGUCUCUUCAGCGUUUGAUGGGGGAAAUUCAUUUUCAGAUGAAAUGUUAAUCCCAUUAAUUUCAAAGGGAACCAAAUCUGACAGUAUAUGCGCAGUUCCUACUGUGGAUGAGAUGUCAUUUGGUUGCACCCCUAUUCCUGACAUCUACAGCGCUGGCUCCUUGGCUGUCUGCAAUGUCGCUAUGGUCAGCAAACCCCUCAGCACUGGGAAGGGUCACAGCAGAUGCCCAACACCAACACAAGACGAACCACCUUUCGUACCAGAAUUGUCUCAUGACCAUCAUGCACAGAAGACCGAUUCAUUGCCCAUUUCUAACAACACCAACAAGAAUACUGAUCAAAAUCACCUGGAAUCAGCUGUUGUUAAACACUUUUCUGAUGUUUUGACUGAUUCCUGCAAGAAGCCAGUUGCAAGUAGCAUACCUCUCACUCCAGCUUCUUCUGAGAAACCAGACCACCAUCCUUCCUCAAAAGUGCAACUUGCCACAAUUGAACUAGAUCUUCAUUCUCAUUUAGAUCAUGAUUCUCUAGAUAGGUUUCAUAACUCAUACCCCAAAAAACAGUGCCCCUUAGCAGAGAGAGCUGCAUUAUCUAUUCAGUCAGUCCAUCCUAAAGCCUUGUCCAAUGAAACACUAGACAUGGUAUUAAGUGAAGUCUUUUUGGAAGGAGACAACCUGAGUUCUGCCUCGACAGAGUACAAGCACAUAAAGUCCUUCCAACAGAAUAUCCCAGUAGUCAGUGGACCUACAGCAGCUUCUCAGAACCUUACAGUGCACAACUUUAAGAGUGAGGAAAGUAGAGAAGAGUACAACAGGACAGAAGGACCACUGGUUGUUGACACUAUAUCUUCAGAUGCCUUCAAAGACGUACACCCCAAUAUCCCUGUCCUCUCAAACACUAAUGCGCACCCAUAUAACACACAGUUUGUCACAGAGAUGAGGAGACAGAUUGCAAGUUCACAAGAUUAUAAAGAUGUUCUGAAUCAAAUCAAGGAGCCUGCAUUAGAUCAAGAUGGCAUUGAAUCUGUUAAAGAGAAAAAAUCUGUAUCAGACAAAGAACAUGUUAGGAGCAAAUCUCGGUUGAAUAAAACAAAACUUGACUUCAUCAACUCUUUACGGCAGUAUCAGGAAUGGGAGAAAAAAGGAUUUGAUGAGGUUUUGGACUUCAGCAAACCAGGCACUUCGUCUUCCUUCACAUUCCAGUCUGAAGAGUCAGAAGAAAGACUUUCCCGUAUGGAGGAGAACAAACCAGAAUGGUUGAAGUAUUGUAGGGCUAAGAGGAGUGGGUGUCAGAUGAAUAUGACAGAGACAUAUAAGGAAGAUUCUUCAGUCACAAAGCCAUGCUUAGUAACUGUUUUGGAUGCCAAAGGAAACAGAACCACCUAUGAAAACCAUCCCGUUUUGAAACCUACAGCAAAUAUGCAGACCUGGGCUGUUCCCAACUCAAACAAAAAGAGCUCAAGCAGUUUUCUGGAGUUCUCCAAGAGGUGGGAUGAUACACAUAACGCAGUUGAAGAAGAUGUCACUCAAUCUUCUUUGAAUCUGGAGACGCUCAUCUUCUCGGAGAAAAUGAACCAGUUACUUAAACCUAGGAGAAAGAGUAGCGGUGGCAAGUACAACCGUUCGAGACACAACAGGUCAAACGUAGACGAAAGAACUUCUACCUGUGGCCCAGCUUUGACAGUGCACUUCUCCAGGCUUCAAGAGGAACAAGAUGGCUCUGCAGAACACUGGGAGGAACUGCCACCACUCAAAGGGCAGAAGAUAACAGUGGAGAUGCCUGAAAGGAAAGGCGCCGUUGAUGACGUAGAGAGCGACAUGCCGCAGCAUCUUGGGAAACUCUCUUAUACAAAGGACAGUGAGGUGACCCGUGUAAAGGUUUCAGAUCUUGUUGCGGAAAGUUUUAAGGCAUACCAUGCCAUGAUGAAUGAGGUCUGUGCAGGCAGAAAGUAUCCAUCAAGAAGUGAGAGAAUCCGGAGGGAAGGAGCAGAUAGAAACAGUUUGCCCAAGUCUCAACCCCGAAGCAACAACAAAGAUUUCUGUGGGCAGAUGAAGAAGGACAUGUGUGACAGCCUGCAUGACAAUCUGAACUCUGUUGUCAGACAUUCAUGUAAGAAUAAGUUCAGAUUCUACAUAAUGGUGACAUCAGAUGACCCCUUCUUCAAGGAGACAAAGGAGCUGUUAGAAGCAGAGGGACAUAUUGCUGUGGAACCUUCUGAAUUCUGCCUGGGAAAGGAUAUUCCCUCGUCUCCUCUCCAUAUUAUCUUGAGGAAUGAAGAUAUUGCUGAACACAUUUGUCAGGUUCCUCACUUGCUUGAGUUGAAGAAGUCUCCGAACGUGUUGUUUGCUGGUAUUGACCGUCCUGAUGACAUCAUAAACCUGACCCACCAAGAACUCUUUUGCAAAGGAGGUUUUGUGGUGUUUGAGGGAGCGGCACUCGACUCACUCAGUCUUAGCAAUAUGAAGAUAAUGUCUGGUUUCCUGGAGGGCCUGAGUAAAAAGGGGAAAUGGAAAUGGCUGUUGCACUACAGAGACAGUCGGAAGCUCAAAGAGAAUGCACGGUCUAGCGCCGAGGCAAAGGGAAAAAAAAUCUUCAUGGAUGUCUGUCAGGAGGCUGGGAUGGUGGAGGUCUUACCCUACCAUGAUUGUGAUGUAAUUUCAAGGGAGCGGCCUAACUACCUUCACUGUCUAGAACGCCUGCAGGUCCAGAACAUAUCAGCUCGUCUACCUGUUUUUAUUACUGACACAACGGCAGACAAGGCGUUUGCAAAACAUGGCAUAUUCACAAUGAAUAUUAACUCUUUCCUCCUGCUUUCUCAGAGUGACACAUGCACAAUCUCUUAAGCUAACUGGGAAGCUUUUGAGAAAUUUACUGAAGGCAUGAUUUUCCCCUUUUUUACAUGAGUAACAGUUGUCACAUUGACAAGUGAUUUAUCUUGACCAAGACUUCAAAAGAGCAAGCGGAAUGAAAAGGAAUAACUGAGAUGGAAAUCUUGGAAUCCAUACUAAAACGGCAUCCCAUCAGGGAAAGCACAUUUUACUUCGAAAUAUGCAUUACGGUUUGACAUGCUCAACUCAAAUCAUUGUGAUGUAAAUAGCUUGUAAAGUUAGAUGUACAUUACAUUCAUGUUUUAAAGCCUUGAAUUUCAGAAAGUUUACUUAGAUCAACUUGUUACAUUUCCUUUAAAUAAUUGUAGAUUUACUGUAAAAAAAAAUCAUCAUCCAGAUUCUGUAUAGAACACUUAUUUCAGUGCAUAGCUUUCAUGUGAUCAGUAGGCUAUUUAUUUGUAUGUUUGAAGACCUUCAUUGCAAAAUGUGAUAAAGAAAUUGAUGGUUGAAUAUUUAUUUUUGGGGAAACAAACACAAAGUGGCCAUGGUCAUGUCCUCAAUCGCAGAUAAAAUAAGUCUUUAUUUCACUUAAACACAGACUAGUGCCUUAAAGUAAAAAUACAAGUUAUAUUGUUUAUGUAUAAACCCCUGAAUAAAACCAAUUCUUUGGCGACAUUCUCAUUCAUAAGAAUGUGAAGAAACCUUCAUGAUGGUACAGAAAUAUGAUCAUUCUUAAACUCUCAGAAAUCAGCCUAUAAAUGCAGCCACCAAAUUGUUCGCCUGGCUGUAAUAAACAUUUAAUUUCAUUCUACAAACAUUUCAAAGCGUCAUAGAUACAGAUUUCCACAAUACAUUUGGAUUCUAAACCAGU